ACCCGGGUCGCUGCAGGCCACACCAUACCCUUGCUUGCCGCCUACCUGAGCCUCACCUCAUCUCAUCAUCGCCUCCACCUCACCAGAGAAAUCCUCCUCCUCCCUAGUCCCUAGCCAAUUCUUUUUUGUAUCAAACCCUCUUUCCCCAUCUCAGAUCCCUCUCCCGUCCCAGCUCGAUCCUGCCUGAUGGCCGCCGUACCGUACGCCGCUGCUGCCGGACGCUGAACGACCAGGACAACCACCUCCGACGUCCCCCCGUGUAUCCACGAGAUGGUCGCGGAGGCGGCGCCGUCCUCCUCGGCGGCGAUCUGGUCGCUCCGCCGCGACGAGAUCACUUUCGACCGCCUCCACAAGGUACCGCCCCUCCCGGGCUCGCCCCGAUCGGAUCUGCUGACUCGCCCACCUGCCCGCUCGCCCGCCCGCCCGCCCGCCCGCUGACCCUGGUCCGAGUCGACGCCACGGAUCUGAGGCCCUGCCCUGCUCCCCGUGUCCUUCCCGCGCCCCUGCCCGUGCUCCGACGAUCCGCGGAGCUUUUGGUCGCGCCCAGGGGAUGGCGCUUCCUGCGAGCGCUGGUUUCGUCUGUAGGGUUUGAUUUGAUUCGUUGGUCUCCUGUGGGAAGAUUCUAUUAUAUUGGACUGCUCCGGCUUCUCAGCUGGCGUGGAGUCCCUGUGAUGAAGUUGGGUGUGUUACAUGGAGAUGGAACAGAGUAGCAGACAAGCGCUUGACUGAAGAAUCUGAUUGGUUUUCCCCAUUUGGAUAUUUGGACGUGUUGAAUUGAGUUGAGGGAGCUAUUUCUGAUGUGUUGCUGCUAUGCUAUAGCUGUCCAGAGAAGUGGGAGCAACCUGAAUUGUGAAAAUCGAUCUGUCAUAGCUAACUGCUUGGCUGACUGGUCAGAUUGGUUUGCCUCGUUUUUGGACAAACAGAAGGAAUGAAGGAUGCUUUAAGAUGAAUCCCUUACUACUGGUUUUAUUGCUGCUAACCAAGGAGCAGUGAUGGCGGCAAACCAAACUUUGGAGAGUAUUCACUCCUUCCUGGUUUGAUCAGCCAGCUUCUUGACUCAAGCAUCUGAUUAGUUAGUCUUAUUCAGUUUUGGAGUGCCCUGUCAUCUCGUGCACGGUACGAACUGCUAAGACUUGAUAAACAGACCCUUAUUGAGCAUGCUCGCAAGAAUUUGUACUGUUCAAGGUGCAACGGGCUGCUUUUGGAAAGUUUCACACAAAUAAUGAUGUAUGGGAAGUCACUGCAUCAUGAAGGUUCGUGUGAGCCAAGGAUUCAGGAAGUUGAAGCAGAAGUUCAGGACCCUUCAGUUCAUCCUUGGGGAGGCCUUUCGACAACAAAGGAUGGCAUCCUAACUCUUCUUGAUUGCUUCAUAAAUGCAAAAUCACUUCAUGAGAUCCAGAAUGUAUUUGACAAUGCACGUGCUAGAGAACGUGAACGUGAAAUGCUUUACCCUGAUGCAUGUGGUGGCGGUGGCAGAGGAUGGAUUAGUCCAGUGAUGCCUAACUAUGGCAGGGGCCAUGGAACACGAGAUACUUGUGCUUUGCAUACUGCACAUCUUUCUUGUGACACUCUAGUGGAUUUUUGGUCGGCACUGGGUGAUGAAACUAGAUCAUCACUUUUAAGGAUGAAGGAAGAGGACUUCAUUGAAAGACUCAUGCACAGGUUCGACAGCAAAAGAUUCUGCAGAGACUGCAGAAGGAAUGUUAUUCGUGAAUUCAAGGAACUCAAGGAACUAAAGCGCAUGCGAAGGGAACCUCGCUGCACUAGUUGGUUUUGUGUUGCAGAUACCACAUUUAACUGUGAGGUGUUUGAGGAUGCUAUUCUUGUUGAUUGGCAUCAAUCCUUAUUGGAGCAAGAUGGAAUUUACCAUCAUUUCGAGUGGGCUAUUGGAACGGAUGAAGGAAAAUCUGAUAUUCUAAACUUUGAAAAUGUGGGCAUGAUUGGGCAAGUCCACAGGAAAGGCCUUGAUCUUGAUCAGUUUGAAGACUAUUUUGUUACACUGAGAGCAUGUAGGCUGGAUGGCCGCCGUACAGAAUUCUGUGUGAAGGCCCAUGCCUUGAAGGGCCAAUCUUGUGUUCACCGGAGGCUAAUCGUGGGGGAUGGAUUUGUGACAAUUACAAAAGGUGAAAGUAUUAGAAGUUUCUUUGAGCAUGCUGAAGAAGCUGAGGAAGAGGAUGAAGAUGAUGUAGUGGACAGAGACAGCAAUGACCCUGAUGGUGAUAUCGCUCAUCCACAAAAGCAUGCUAAGAGCCCUGAACUUGCAAGAGAAUUUCUUCUGGAUGCUGCUGCAGUGAUCUUCAAAGAACAGGUCGAGAAGGCUUUCAGAGAAGGUACAGCGCGGCAAAAUGCACAUAGUGUUUUUGUGUCCCUUGCUCUAAAACUGUUAGAAGAACGAGUUCAUGUUGCUUGCAAGGAAAUAAUUACAUUGGAAAAACAGACCAAGCUACUUGAGGAAGAAGAGAAAGAAAAACGUGAAGAAGAAGAGCGCAGGGAUAGGAGGAGAACAAAAGAAAGAGAAAAGAAGAAUAGAAGAAAAGAGAGGCUGAAAGGAAAAGACAAAGAUAAAGAAAAAAUAUUGGUUCGGUCAAAAAAACCAGGUCUUUCAACAUUUUCUCCGAGCAGCCAAGCAGCACCAAGUAGUAAUGAGUCUCAGGAUGUUCUAGACUUGAGAUAUUCAGAUAGCGAAGAGGAAGACAAUGUUGUGGUCAGGGAACACUAUCCUGAUUCUUCAGCUGAUCAAUCUUCAAGCAAGGAUACUGAUGAACGAAGCAAUGAGCAUGAAUGCAGUGCAACAGCAGAAUUUGUUCCCUCAGAUUGUGAUGGCUCAUUCUUAUGUGAUGAGUCUAAUUCAUCAAGAAACUUGAGAUUUAGAUGGGACUUCCCAGAAAAAGAUGUCAGUUAUUGGUAUGAAGAUUGUCGUGUUGAUUCUGGAGAUACUCAAUUGCAGUCUAGGGAGAGGAUCAGAAAUAACACUAGAAGUUACAACACUGUAUUUAAUACAAAUAACCGAACAAGAGACAAGUACAACCCCUGCAGCUGUGGCCAUCAAGAAGACUUCAGAUAUUUUUCCACAGCAACUAGAUCAAGUAGGGAGACAAAGAUUUCCAGGAAAACAGUGGCUGAGAAACCCAGGUUGCAAUACCGCAGGUGCUAUCCUCCAGAAAGCUUCGCUGUGUCAAAUGGACGUGUUGGUGGUACACCAAACAAGAACACAGGUCCAAAGCAAGUAUGGGAGCCAAUGGAUGCAAGAAAGAAGAUAGGGAAUGGGAGAGGAUCAGAAAUAACACCAGAAACUACUGGUGCUGCUGAUGGUUCAGAUCAAGUGGAAUGCUCAAAGGACAUUAGUGAAUGUGAGAAGCUUGAGGUAGUGUGUGAAACACUUGCUGAAACUUGUUGUGAGAUAUCUGCAGAAGCCUGUAAGUCAGAUCAACCAUGUAGACAAGGUGAGAAAAAUCAGUCUGCUUGCAGCGAUGGAUCUAAAUGCGUAGAUAAGCCAAAUUGCUGCUUGACAAAGGACACUGUUAGGACAACAAAUUUAACCAGUUCAGACAGCUUUUCGUGUCUAAGUGAGGGAGAUAGAGACAGCAGCAUGAGUAGCAUGACCUCACUGAGUGCUCAGAAUGUAGAAUCUUCAUCUACAUCUGAUUCAGAUGAGUAUUCAGACAGGAACGAUAGCAGCCCAGGCGAUCCACCAGUGAAGAAUGUUUCUCGUUCAUUACUUGAGAUGUGUGCAGGAAAUGGUUUCAGGGAGUACCAACCGAAAGGCUUGAACCCUCCUAAUGGCAACCAAUUUGGAUUUAUGGUGGCACCUUUACAGGACCAGAUGUUGCACCAACAGAAGAUCCAUGCACCGCCGUACUCGUCACCAUUUGUGGGGUUCCACAAUCACCCCUUGGCAGUUCCAACAAAUGGGUACUUGCCAUAUCCUCAGCCAGGUCACUUCUACCCUGGCCUUAUGACCCCUGUUGGAUGUGGAGUCGCUGGCAGCCAAUGCGUUGACUUUCCAAUGCAGUACAGCAAUAACAUUCAUCCUUACUCGGGCCCCGAAUUUGGUUUUCUGCCUGCAAAACCAGUUCACAAGACCCCAGUGAGCUUCCAUGCUGUGCCAGUGCCACCACUGGCCCCGCUGUGUAGAAGCGAGGUGCCAGUGGUGAUAAAUCAAGAGAGGCAGCAGGGCUCUGCACCCCCUAAAUUCAAACAGGCAGUGCUGGUCCCUGAGAACGGCUGUUCAGCAGAAGACAACACCUUCAAACAGAAAGGUGAUGACACAGACAGCACACCCUUCUCCUUGUUCCAGUUCAACCUGCCUAUUGCCCCUCCCACCCUGGCAACAUCCAAAGAAGAGCAAAGUGGAGCGAUGCCGUCAAUGGCACUGCCACCAGCUCAGAUAACUCGAGCCCAGCUGUGCUCCAGGGAGGAGACCAAUGUCAAGGAGUACAACCUUUUCUCUGGGUGUAACGGAGUGAUGUUUCAGCUCAACUAGAGGCGAAGAAAAGUGAGCAGCUAUUCAAUAUACAUACAUGGUGAACGAUUUGUAUUCUAGUAAAACAGAAUAAAGUAGGUCGAGGUUUUUACUGUGUUGCCCUCGAAUAUUUAUUUCUUUUUUAAUUUUGAUUUGUUGUGCUUCCCCUCCCUGUUUUUUUGUGUGUAUGGAAAACUGAAAAGACAGUGAGUGGUAUAGAUUCUGCAGUUUUGACACGAGUCUAGUGUCACUUUUUA